GAGGGGAAGAUGCAGUGGGGGAGAGACCUAGAACCGCGAUCAAAGCUGCUGCAGCUGCUGGGGCUGGCGGGACAAAGGGAGGAGGGAGGAGCCUGGGCUCUGAGAAAGUUCGUGGGGAAAGUUGAGCUGAGCCAAGAGUCGGGCGGUGGCUGGGGAGGGCAGGAGGGCCCAGCCCGAUUUCCCUUGCUGUUCCCCUUGUGGCCUGACGCUGACAGAGGCAAAAAUCUGCUAACUCAGGGGGCAGACUCAACCAAGACUGUGAGCAGGCCUGGGGAAUGACCCCCCGAUCUCCAACCGGCGCCUUCCACGGCUGCACGGCUGUCUCCAGCUGUCUCUGCCCCUGUUUCUGGCCCUAGCUCCAUCCCUUUCUCACUUCACCCUUCCCUGUACCACAUGGGCUCUCUGUCUCCUGCCAGGACGCUGCGGCUCUGGGGACCUCGGAGCCUGGGGGUGGCUCUGGGAGUCUUCAUGACCAUUGGCUUUGUGCUCCAGCUCUUGGGAGGGCCCUUCCACAGGAGGCUACAGCCCUUGGCCCCAUCCCUACGACCAGCCUUUCUGUCCUGCCCUCCCCGGCAGCGACUGGUGUUCCUGAAGACGCAUAAAUCUGGAAGCAGCUCUGUGCUGAGCCUGCUUCACCGCUACGGGGACCGGCACGGACUGCGCUUUGCCCUCCCCGCCCGCUACCAGUUUGGCUACCCAAGGCUCUUCCAGGCCUCGAGGGUAAAAGGCUACCGCCCCCAGGGUGGAGGCACCCAGCUCCCCUUCGACAUCCUCUGUCACCACAUGAGGUUCAACCUAAAAGAGGUACUUCAGGUCAUGCCUUCUGACAGCUUCUUUUUUUCCAUUGUCCGUGACCCAGCAGCUCUGGCUCGCUCUGCCUUCUCCUACUAUAAAUCCACCUCAUCAGCCUUCCGCAAGUCACCAUCCUUGGCUGCCUUCCUGGCCAAUCCUCGAGCCUUCUACAGGCCUGGGGCCCAUGGGGACCACUACGCUCGCAACUUACUAUGGUUUGACUUUGGCCUCCCCAUUCCCCCAGAGAUGAGGGCCAUGAGCAGGAAUCUUCAUCCCCCCAGAGACCCCAAUGCCCCAGAGCUGCAGGUCUUGCCCUCUGGUGCUGGCCCUCGAGCGCAAGCCCUCAAUCCCAAUGCCCUCAUCCAUCCUGUUUCCACUGUUGCUGAUCAUGGCAGCCAGAUAUCAAGCCCUGCCUCUUUCGAUAUAGGGUCUUCAUCCUUUAUUCAGUGGAGUCUGGCCUGGCUGGACUCUGUCUUUGACCUGGUAAUGGUGGCUGAGUACUUUGAUGAGUCAUUGGUUCUGCUGGCAGACGCCCUGUGUUGGGGUCUGGAUGAUGUGGUGGGCUUCAUGCAUAAUGCCCAGGCUGGACGUGAGCAGGGCCUCAGCACUGUCAGCAACAGUGGACUGACUGCAGAGGACCAGCAGCUGACAGCACGGGCCCGAGCCUGGAACAACCUGGACUGGGCUCUCUAUGUCCACUUCAACCGCAGUCUCUGGGCACGGAUAGAGAAAUAUGGCCAGCGUCGGCUGCAGACAGCUGUGGCUGAGCUCCGGGCUCGCCGAGAGGCCCUGGCCAAACACUGUCUGGUAGGGGGUGAGGCUUCUGACCCCAAAUACAUCACUGAUCGCCGGUUCCGCCCCUUCCAGUUUGGGUCAGCUAAGGUUUUGGGCUAUAUACUUCGGAGUGGAUUGAGCCCCCAAGACCAAGAGGAGUGUGAGCGCCUGGCUACCCCUGAGCUCCAGUACAAGGACAAGCUGGAUGCCAAGCAGUUUCCCCCGACCAUAUCACCGCCCCUCAAGACUUCAAGGCCACUCUCCCCAUAGACAUCAGACUACAGAUUUACAUGGAAAAGCACCCAUGUUUGAAGGGCACAUGGGAUGAGUUGGGGGGGGCAGCAAGAUGCCACUUCUGCAUCUCUCAGAAGGGAUGGGGCUUCGAUGGGCUCCCAGCAGUGCUUCCCUCCUCCACUCAUUUUGCCCCUUUCUUUAUUUUAUUUUAUUUUAUUUUUUUGAGACAGAGUCUUGCUCUGUCCCCCAGACUUGAGUGCAGUGGCACGAUCUCGGCUCACUGCAACCUCUGCCUCCCAGAUUCAAGCGAUUCUCCUGCCUCAGCCUCCCAAGUAGCGGCAUUACAGGUACAUGCCACCACACCCAGCUAAUUUUUAUAUUUUUAGUAAAGACAGGGUUCAACAUGUUGGUCAGGCUGAUCUCGAACUCCUCACCUCAGGUGAUCCACAUGGCUCUGCCUCCCAUAGUGCUGAGAUUACAGGCUUGAGCCACCACACCGGCCUCCGCUUCCCCUUUCCUGCCCCAAGGCAGAUCCACAUCACCAAAGCUCCCUAGAGGGGCAAAAGAUGGAGUGAGCCACAGAAAGUUUGGUGCAUGGUGAGUUGGAAUAAUACGUCAAUUUCUCUACCAAAUAUUUGUUACUGGACUGUUCAUUUCACUCUGAAAUGUUUGCUGAAUGAAUAAAUAAUUUGAAACUUCUACUUGA